AUGGAUGUUGACCAAGUUGCCGAAACCCUGAAGAGAUCUGGCAUUACACCAGAGACCAUUUUUAUCUGCUGGCACACCAACAAAUUCGAUCUUACCAUCCUCAGAGAAUUCCUGGAAAAGGGUGGCUACACAGGCAUUCUACCUGGAGAUGAUAAAUGUUUCCCCUUGAUCCCAAUCUUUAGAAAAAAUGUCCCGAAAAGUCUCAGCAUGAAGCUCGAAGUUCUGUUCCAAGUGCUUUAUCCGGCACAUAACCUGAUUGGACACAACCACAGAGCCCUUCCUGACUGCCAGCAGACCAGGUUGGUCUGCGACUGUUUAGAUGAGAUGUUCGAGAAGUCAGACGACCGAUCUGAGAGGUGGAAGAAGAAGGCACUCAGAUGCUUCUACAAAAAAUCGAUGGUUCAGCAAUCUAUCGCUGAUUGGCUUCAGCCGGACAAGAAGCGCAGUGCUGAUGGCCUUGCCGAGCUGCCUAUUCGGAACAAACGUCCGAGAAGGCAGUAA